UGUCAGGGACUGGUGGACUGCAGGCAGCCUGUGUUGUUGACUGGAAGUCGAUUUCCACCUCUCAGACACUAGUUAGAAUGGGCUGUGUGUUCUGGAAGGGGGUGGAAGUAGAGAGGAGAUGCUGAGAGCAGAGUUCUUGAAGCUCCACUCCUCUGGGGAAGCUGAGCUGUGAGGGAACCUUCUUACUGAGCGGAGAGCCUGUGAAAUGCAAAGGAUCCUGAUAGCUGGCUAGUCCCAGUUCCUCUUCGGAAAAGCAGUUGCUCUCUCUUCAGAGAUGCGCCCAGCCUUCGCCUGCAUCACACUGCACAGUGACCAUGAAUGAAUCAGAGCCACAUAUGCUAGUAUGUACACAUCUGAAAAAAUUGAGUGAAAAAUGCAAGUUGCAGAAAAAGUGCUUUAAUACAUUAUUGAAACUACAAAUUCACAUCCAUAGCGGUUUCAUGUUGAUAGAUUGCAUAUUUUGAAAGCUUGAGGUAUUUUAUAAUGAAAUAUGCAAUGUGGAAACUUUGAAGCAUAGAAUUCUGCCAAACACCUGAAUAAAGAAUUCCUCACCUGGUAAGAGAACUCCUCACUACCGCCAUGACAAACCAGGAAAAGUGGGCCCACCUCAGCCCCUCAGAAUUUUCCCAACUUCAGAAAUACGCUGAGUAUUCUACAAAGAAAUUAAAGGAUGUUCUUGAAGAAUUCCAUGGUAAUGGUGUGCUUGCAAAGUAUAAUCCUGAAGGGACAAUAGAUUUUGAAGGUUUCAAGCUAUUUAUGAAGACAUUCCUGGAAGCCGAGCUUCCCGAUGAUUUCACAGCACACCUUUUCAUGUCAUUUAGCAACAAGUUUCCUCAUUCUAGUCCAAUGGUAAAAAGUAAGCCUGCUCUCCUUUCUGGUGGUCUGAGAAUGAGUAAAGGUGCCAUCACACCUCCCCGUACUUCUCCUGCAAAUACGUGUUCCCCAGAAGUAAUCCAUCUGAAGGACAUUGUCUGUUACCUGUCUCUCCUUGAAAGAGGAAGACCCGAGGAUAAACUCGAGUUUAUGUUUCGCCUCUAUGAUACAGAUGGGAAUGGCUUCCUGGACAGCUCGGAGCUGGAAAAUAUCAUCAGUCAGAUGAUGCACGUAGCAGAAUACCUUGAAUGGGAUGUCACUGAACUUAAUCCAAUCCUCCAUGAAAUGAUGGAAGAAAUUGACUAUGAUCAUGAUGGAACGGUCUCUCUGGAGGAAUGGAUCCAAGGAGGAAUGACAACAAUUCCACUUCUUGUGCUCCUGGGCUUGGAAAAUAACGUGAAGGAUGACGGACAACAUGUGUGGCGACUCAAGCACUUUAACAAACCUGCCUACUGCAAUCUUUGCCUGAACAUGCUGAUCGGCGUGGGGAAGCAGGGCCUCUGCUGCUCCUUUUGCAAGUACACAGUCCACGAGCGCUGUGUGGCUAGAGCGCCUCCUUCUUGUAUCAAGACUUACGUGAAGUCCAAGAAGAACACGGAUGUCAUGCACCAUUACUGGGUUGAAGGCAACUGCCCAACCAAAUGUGAUAAGUGCCACAAAACAGUCAAAUGUUACCAGGGCCUGACAGGACUGCAUUGUGUUUGGUGUCAGAUCACACUGCAUAAUAAAUGUGCUUCUCAUCUAAAACCCGAAUGUGACUGCGGACCUUUGAAGGACCAUAUUUUACCACCCACAACAAUCUGUCCAGUUGUACUGCAGACUCUGCCCACUUCAGGAGUUUCAGUCCCUGAGGAAAGACAAGCAACAGUGAAAAAGGAAAGGGGUGAUUCCCAGCAGCCAAACAAAGUGAUCGACAAGAACAAAAUGCAGAGAGCCAAUUCCGUCACUGUGGAUGGACAGGGCCUACAGAUCACUCCUGUUCCUGGUACUCAUCCACUUUUAGUUUUUGUGAAUCCCAAAAGUGGUGGAAAGCAGGGAGACAGAAUUUACAGAAAAUUCCAGUAUCUACUAAAUCCUCGCCAGGUUUACAGUCUUGCUGGAAAUGGACCAAUGCCAGGGUUAAACUUUUUCCGCGACGUUCCUGACUUCAGAGUGUUAGCUUGCGGUGGAGACGGCACUGUGGGGUGGAUUUUAGACUGCAUAGAAAAGGCAAAUGUUGUGAAGCAUCCUCCGGUCGCCAUUCUGCCACUUGGAACCGGCAAUGAUCUAGCAAGAUGCCUGCGAUGGGGAGGAGGUUAUGAAGGUGAAAAUCUGAUGAAAAUCCUAAAAGACAUUGAAAACAGCACAGAAGUCAUGUUGGACAGGUGGAAGUUUGAAGUCAUACCUAAUGACAAAGAUGAGAAGGGAGACCCAGUGCCUUACAGUAUCAUCAAUAAUUACUUUUCAAUUGGCGUGGAUGCCUCAAUUGCACACAGAUUCCACAUCAUGAGAGAAAAACAUCCAGAGAAAUUCAACAGUAGAAUGAAGAACAAAUUUUGGUAUUUUGAGUUUGGCACAUCUGAAACUUUCUCAGCCACCUGCAAGAAGCUACAUGAAUCUGUAGAAAUAGAGUGUGAUGGAGUACAGAUAGAUAUAAUAAACAUCUCUCUGGAAGGAAUUGCUAUUUUGAAUAUACCGAGCAUGCAUGGAGGAUCCAAUCUUUGGGGAGAGUCUAAGAAAAGGCGAAGCCAUCGCCGAAUAGAGAAAAAGGGGUCUGACAAAAGGACCACGCUCACAGAUGCCAAAGAGUUGAAGUUUGCAAGUCAAGGGAUAGAAAUGAAUACAUUCUCCAUUUCAACGGCUGCAUACCUCACCCUGAAGACUGUAUUACUCUGCUCCAGAAAAAAUACCAUAUCUGAUUUGAGUGAUCAGCUGCUGGAGGUGGUUGGCUUGGAAGGAGCCAUGGAGAUGGGGCAAAUAUACACAGGACUGAAAAGUGCUGGACGACGGCUGGCUCAAUGCUCCUCUGUGGUCAUCAGGACGAGCAAGUCUCUGCCAAUGCAGAUCGAUGGGGAACCGUGGAUGCAGACGCCAUGCACAAUAAAAAUUACACACAAGAACCAAGCCCCAAUGCUGAUGGGCCCUCCUCCAAAAACCGGGUUGUUCUGCUCCCUCGUCAAAAGAACAAGAAACCGAAGCAAGGAAUAACCCUGUAUCGUUCCUUCUUAGAGAUCUAAUUAGCAUAAUUGGGCCGUGGAACACUUAUGCUGGAAAUCUUUGAACCAUUUCAAGUCUCCUGCUCAUGCAAAAUCAUGGAAUUGGUUUAACAGUUUUUGUUACUGAGCUAAUGUAAAAUUCAGCUAUUAGAAAAUUUAUUGUCUCAGUUUUUAUAGGCAUCUUUGCAUGAAGAAAGCAGAAGUUUACAUAAAGUGGUACUGCAUAUUUUUGUUGCAUGCAUUCCCAUAGGUUUUUAUGUCUACCACCCAUUCCUCUCCCAAUAUCCAUUUACUAACCUCUAUGAAAAACCUGUGAAACAUAAAAAGGAAGUACCAUGGGAAAUAUGAUUCUCAGUGUGGUUCCAAUUAUUAAUAAGCAGUAAUCAGUAAUGCUACAGUGAUCAUAAUCGCAGAUUGCUAUACUUUUCCCUUUUAGAAUUAAACAGUGUACUGAUGAUCUUUGACCUACAACUUGAUAAGAAACUUUUAAUUGAAAGAUUUUAUUAAAUAGUUGUGUAUGAUACCUUGCUGUAUCUAAAUAGGUUUUCUUCAACAUCUUAAUGCUUCUGAGUGGAAUUUAAAAUAUCAGGUAUAAAGUUUUCUUGUGCUGAAAAAUAGAAAGUGGUUUUGAUUUUGUUUACUUUGUUUUUAAUUCCAGAAAUAAGUGACAACAUGUUACUUGGCAGUAAAGUGUGGUAAUACGACAAGCCUUAUGCCUUUCUGCAUGUGAACCUACAAAAAAAUUCAUAACCACACCAGUAACCAAAUAUGGAUGUUUUAAACUAUGUGCCUAAUAAACUGUGUUUCCCACCAAAGAUUCAGAAAAAGAUGCUUGAGAGAAAUGGGUUAAUGCAUAAUUAAUUAAGCAUUGUGGAGAAAAUUUAUGAUUCUUAUGAUUAAUUUUGUGAUGACUAAAACUCUGGAAAAGAGUGAAUUACCCAUUAAUUAUAAUUAAAAUUCUCACCUUUCACAGACAAUAGGCCAUACAACACAGUCAAAGCUCAAUAGCUGAUUUCUUGCUUUUUUUUGUCAUUUAUAAAUAUAGGUGUCCGUAAUUUUUAAUGGAUCAGUUAAGUACACUUGAGAAAGUAAAUGAUUGAAUCAGUUCCUUUCUAGUAUAAAUUGAUACCUGUAAUAAUAUUGAGCUCAUUGAAGCAAAUCAUGCAUGCAAUUAGCCCCUUCCCCCUCCCCUACUCCACUCCCAUCUCUGUGACAUUUCAAAUGUUUAUUUGGAAAUAAUGGCCUACAUUGUUUAAGGUGUUCAUGGCAUGGUUGGAUUCUCUGAUUGUUUAAAGAAAUUACGGAAUAGUACUUUUCUUAGUGUUUCAUUAAACCUAUGAUAUAAAAUGAAAUGCUACUCUGAGCAGUUUUGGUAUUGUUCAUUCAUAUUGACCUGCAUCUCAUCAUUGCAUGUUUUCUGUUUUCAAACAUGCCGUAAGGAAAACAAGUGCUUGAAAUGCAUGAUUUAUUAGUUUCCCUCUCCACUCUGCAUUCAAGUACUAAUGAUUUAUCAGUUCUAUUUUUCUAUUGAUUCAUUCAUCUUUGAAUAACAAAUAGCAUUUAGGGAUUCUGUUGUACACAACCCUGUGCAUGAAUUUAUGGAUUUCAAGUGAAAUUGCUAUAAUUUUUGUUCUUUGAUUUGAAAACUCAACUGAAUGCUGUUAUAUCAAAUAGCUGCUCUCAGGCAAUGUGCUAUAAUGGAAGAUUAUGUAUAAAGCAUAUUCUUUUAGUGUUCCAGGAAUGUUGGAUGGUAAAUAUCAAUCAACAAUAAGUUUAAUUGCUUUGAAAAUAAAAGCUUUUGAAUAAAAUUAAGACAUAAUUUAGCAUUCCCAGGAAAAUUAUCAUUACAAUUGCAAAUGUAGCACAGCAAUCACUUGCCCUGGUAUAAUAAAAAAAAAAAGUUAUUUGGCAGAGAAGUAAUCUAGACCAAAAGAAAGCUCAAAACACUAACAAAUGCAUUGCUGACAUAAUGUUACAUAACACACACAUUGAUUUUGUGUAUCUAUGGUUACAGGUAAUAAAUAUUUUCACAUAAAUUGACAAAAUUUUCUACAAUGGGCAGGCAGGCUUUGUGUCAAAAACAUAUUCUGAAGCCACAAAUUAUUUUAUGUUCGGUACAACAUACAAUUAUUUCUUGGCUACCUUUUAUAGAAUAUAGUGUGAAAGAAGGAACAGUUUGUGAAUCAUUCUUAACAAUCUGUGCACUGGAAAACUGUUGAAUAGACAGUGGGAUGAGACAAAUGAAACAACCUGCCUAUAAGGCUUCAUUAAUUGAUAUAAUGGGAUGCAGCUUUACUUCAAUGUAGCUAUGUCACUAUAAUUAGUGAUAAUCGUAGUUACAUUUUCAGUCAGUAGGAUUCAUUGGUACCAAUAACAAAUGUUCAAAUAAAAAUCAAAUUUUACUUUCCCCAACUCAUUUUCUAAAGAUGCUGACAUGCUUGCCCUUCAAGUACAUGACUCCUGGGGUUUGGAAAGUAGUUUUUAAAAACCUACUUUGAUGGUUUUGAAAUCAGAGAAGAUAUUCUGCUCAUUUUUAUGACAGCUUCAAGUGAAGAAUAUAUAUUUUAAGGAAAAUUCUAAACUGAAAGUUCUGUGGUAUAUUAAAAUAUUGAAUAAUGAACGUUAGCUUUACAAGAUGGAAAUUUUUCUUAUACGUGUGUGGGUGAGUGUUUGAGUUGUCGGAUCAACCUCUUUUAAAUAUAGUAGACAUAGUAGUAUAAAGUUUUAAGUGGAUGAAGCUAUUAAGUAAAAAUUAACACUGGGCUUGCAGGGUUCAGAGGAAAAGCGGAAAAGAGAAAUGCACUUUGCUAAACAUCGCCAUACAUUGAGUUGAUAAACAGAGAGAGAUUCCAGAAGAAACCUAGAUAGCCGUGCUUCUAAUAGGACUGGAGGUAUCUAUGCAGAACCAGAAAUUUUAAAGGACAUAAAUGUAUUUUUCCACUUACAUAUGUAUACCAUGUGUAUUUGAUGAAAAAAAUGCUGGUCAAUUUAUUGUGCAAGAAGGAGAUGUCUUGUAGAAAGUGAAGAAAGUAAAACAGUUUUCACUUUACACCGGUUAUGUGAUUACAGCCAGCAUAAAGCAAAAGGCUCAGAUGUUUCGGGUAGUUGACCGCAGGCAGAAAUUUAAAUCCAAUGAGAAUCAACGAAUCACAUAUAUUUCGACAGUUUCCUCUUUUUCCUUUUUUAGAGGGAUGGGGAGCAAUUGCAAUUUUCAAGGAAAAUUCUGUUUGGAAUCUCAGACUGUAUUCUACCUGAAUGAGACAAAACUCUUAAAUGGCUCCAUUCUCUUUUGUGUCAAAGUUAGUUUGUUGUUUAUUGGUUAUAAAAAAGAAAAUGUACUUUUCAUGGUGCAUACAACCCUCAAAGAAUUAUUCAAAUAUAACACAUAUAUUCCAAGUUAAAAGAUUAAGCCCUUGUAAUAUAUGUUGAGGUUGUAAAAUUUAAUUAAAUAAACAAACAAAAACCUGCAAAAGAGCUUUUAUUUUGUGAAAGGCAGAAAUAAUCCCUUAAAUCUCUUACUUAAAUUGCAUUCUAUUUAAAUAAAGUUUGAAUAAACUCACAUUUGAAGGAUUCUAUACAUCUUUAUUGUGUUUAAAAACAUGAAAUUCAUUUAAUUACAGUAUCUUAAUUGUUU